AACCAGUUUCACUUUCCGACUCUCAUCGCAACUAGUAGGCUAGCCUACCAGAAGUGUAUCUCGGAAAACUAUCAAUGUGAAACGCAUGUUAAGAGUCUGCAAUUAUGGCCAUGGUGCUGGAUAUAAAUAUGAAGUCAUCCGACCUCAUCAAGAAAGAGCCAUUGGACUACGGGGGAUUUGGGGAGGUCUAUCUCUGCUAUCACAAAACACUUGGCCAAGUAGUCAUGAAAACUGUGUACACAGGUCCACCGCGAAACGAAGGUCAUCGCCAAUCUCUGUUGGAUGAGGGCAGUUUGAUGAAGAGACUGAAUCACGAGAGGGUGGUCAAGUUGCUGGGCGUGAUCCUAGAGGAUGGGGACUACUCUCUGGUCAUGGAGCUCAUCCCAAAGGGCAAUCUGCUGAACAUGCUGGAGGAGGUGUCUGUUCCACUGUCCAUCAAAGGAAGAAUUAUUGCAGAGAUACUUGAAGGCAUGGUGUACUUAACAGGGAACCGUGUCAUUCACAAAGAUUUGAAGCCAGAGAACAUAUUGGUGGAUGAUGGCUUCCAUAUUAAGAUUGCAGACCUGGGUUUAGCCACUUGUCAGAUGUGGAGCAAGUUGACCAAGGAGGAGUCUCGCAGGAAGAGCCAAUCAGGUCGUGGCGGCUGUGCGCGUGGGGCAGGCACCCUUUACUACAUGGCCCCUGAGCACCUGGAGAGCAUACACACCCGCUCCUCCGAGAAGUCGGACAUCUAUAGCUUUGCCAUCGUCGUCUGGGUAAUCCUGACCAACAGCGAACCAUAUGAGAAUGCUAGGUCUGAGGACCAUAUCUGUCAGUGUGUGCGCAAGGGGGAUCGGCCAGAAGAAGAGAGAAUUCCAGAAGACACGCCGCAAGAGAUCAUCUCGCUGAUGAAGCAGUGUUGGGACCAGGACCCUCUAAAGCGCCCAACCUUCAAAGAGGCUUACGAGCAGUUCCUCCCCUUCUACAAAGAGCGCCUACAGAAUGACGUGGAGAGGGAUAUUCAGAAACUCAAGGGCUUGUACACUGGCCCAAAGGAAUUGGUGGAGAAGAUGAAAUUUCUCAGAAUGAGGCACCCCGACCUGAUCGCACCCGAAAAGCACAAUAUGGCCACUCAUGCCACUGACACCCCAUUAUCUCUGCGGAGCUCCGAGAUGGCUCCUGUGGAGGCCAGCAUCGAGGACCUGCACUUCAGUGCCGUGGGCCCUGAGCCGAGCCUACAGGUGGACGCGUCCCCGGUCCUGGAGCACAAACUGGCCCAGGAGCUGAACUACCACAAGCACGGCAGCUACAGCCAGUUUGACCAGCCCGAGAGUGGGCACUGCCAGCCGCCAUCACAGCCACCGAUUCCCUCGUACAGCACGCCUGCCGCCGCCUACAUGCUGCAACAGCAAUCACCGCCAAUGCCCACCAACGGUCGCUGGUACUGCCAAGAGUCAUCCUCUGUCAAUCCGUGGACCAAAGCUGACACCACCCCGCAAAGCCCAGAGGACAAUUCCAUGGCUCGCUCUAUUGGUGGAGGAGCGCUGGAUGCAAGGUACCGGAGCCAGAUGUCAGGAGGGAGUGCGUAUUCUGAUCAGCACCCCCCCAUGGAGCGGAAUAUGUCCUGCCCCAACUACCCUGUGCCGGAGUCAGAUUACAUGCCUGGCAAUAUGCGAGGUAACGUCGGACGAAUGCAUUCCCAAGAAGGUGGCCUUCACAUUGUUGGGGGCCGUGCCAUCCAAAUUGGGGACGGUAACACAAUGAGUAUUGUCUCCCCUGAACCGGCCUCCAUUGCGUCUCAGUCUAACGGAGGGUCCACUAUCCUGUACAAAGAGCUCCUGCAGAAGUACCAAGACCACGCCGUGACUGAGGACCACCUGCAGCUGCUACGGGAGAACAUCGCCAGCAACUGGAAGCGAUGCGCCCGGCGCCUGGGCCUGACCGACGUGGAGGUGGACACCAUCGACCACGACUACAGCCGCGACGGCCUGAGCGAGAAGGUGCACCAGAUGCUGGAGCGCUGGCGCAUGAAGGAGGGCAGCGUGGGCUGUACAGUGGGCCGCCUCUACAGGGCGCUCAGCGACUGCGUCAAGGUGGACCUGCUGCACCGCCUGCUGCACACCUGCCGAGAGAGCACGGCCCCAUGAGUGACCGAAGAAAGGAGCCGUCCCCAGACAGGCGACUGAAACAUCUGUCAAUCUGCCAAGCACCCACUGGCUUCACAACAGACAUCAACUUUAUUUGUGAGACAUUCUCAAAAGAGCCCAAACAAAUGAGUACGAUGAAUGAUGAAUGAAUGAAUGAAUGUUUUAUAUAACUACAUGCAAAGCUCCUACCUGGCCCCCAGUCUCAUGGUCUUGCCUGUAUCGUGGCCUCCUUUACCUCUUUGUUUGGAUGACGACGGAAUGACAACAGAGCAGUGUCUCACCAGAAAACACCAAAUCAAAACAGUUUGGACCAUGUUGGUCCAAUAGUGCUGUCAUUUAACUGAUGAGGUACUAAUGAUGAGGAUCUGGUUCAGUAGGUUUGACAGGUCAAAUUGUUUUAUUGAAUUGUAUCAUAAACUGUCAAAAUAAUGUCAAGUUAUUGUCAAGUUAUGUUUAAAGGGAUAUUCCACCAUUUGGGGAAUUACGCUCAUUUUCAACCUCCCACCCGGAACAUGAGCAUAAUUCCCCAAAUGGUGGAAUAUCCCUUUGAAACUAGGGUUGCAAGGAACAAUUUGUUUGAUAUUUGAUUAAUCUGUAGAUAACCAGAGCAGUUUGCGCCAAUCAAAUCAUCUUGGCGGGCUUUAUAUGGUGAUGGACAGAUGAGCAACGGUGCCUAGUCAUGUCACCUGAGCACGCUUGAGUUGAUUUUGUUUACACCAAAAAGGCUGUCUCUAUAGAAGCUAGACAUGGAGAUUUCCUUAUGCGUCUGUUGUGCAUCUGUUGAGGGAACAGCGAUUAAGGCAUUUAUGGAGAAGGAUGUUUUGACUGUCCUCCCUAUAGUAUUCACAUACUGUAUUUUGUUGCUCUGAUUGGUUAGGUCUAUCCAAUUGUGUGCAGAGGCAUUUUUCCCCUGUUGAAACCCGCCCCAUAAUCACAUCCCAAUGGUGUGGUACCAGAUUCAAAUUCUAAAUAGAAUUGAGGUGGUGUUUAGACGACAACGAACACGAUGCAGUGAUAUUUUUCUGCAUUUCUGCUCAAGCACACGUUAUAUUAUACACGGGUUAGUGUAAACGAAAACUUUUCUGAAAACUGACAGAUGUGCACAAUGUUAUUUUUUAAAACGGAGAGGGUGAAAUGUCCGUCAGGCUACAUGUAGUAUGUUUUUUUUUUUGCACAGAUUUAUAAGAACUUGUGAAAAUUGGCAUCUUGUAAACAUUGCCUUUAGUACAAUAGGCUAUGUCAGAAAAAGGCAAUGUCAGAACAUUUUUUAUUUAAUUCCCUGGCCAUGUCCUUGUGGGAAUUAACCUAGAAAACUGUGAAAAAAUGCAUAUUAGUCUAAAAGAUUGAUCAUGAAUUUUCCAGAUAGGUAUUGAAUUGACUACUUUAUUGAUUAGAUCGAUCAAUUAAAUUAUUUAUUUUUGCACAUCCACAAACACAACAGAAGUGAAGUCCUACAAGCCCCUCUGCCAUGUAUAGAAGCACACACGCGCUGUAUUGUUAAAUCGCAAAGAGCCUAUAAAACAAAAAAAAAAAAAAAAAAAAACAUGGAGAAUCAUGGUGUCAUUGUAAUGCUGGCCUUAGUUAUUGUUGGACAUGCAUGCCAGUGGUUUGCUAUGUGAGGGACAACUAUAGCCUCAUAUUUGUUAAAUGUUGUCUUAUUGUAUGUUGUUUUCAUGUUUUAAACUUGUCCACUGGAGGAAACUAACAAAAAUAUUUUUUAUAUGAUACUAAACCCAACAGGCUCAAGAA